AUGGUCCGAUUAUCUGUAUUAAUCAAUGAUCUAAAUGGACAAAUUGAUAAGGUUAUUCGAAAUAUACAACAAAAAAAUGUUGUUGCUGCUGCUUGUGUUCAAUAUCAACAACCAUUACCGACUUUUUCAGAAAGCCCAUAUUACUCGUCCAAUUAUCCUAUGCAACAAACAACUUCUCAAUCCCCACACUUACAAGUUUCAACUAAUAAUCGUUCAGCUUUACUUAUUUUUGUUGAUUUUCUGUCGGUGUUCGACAAAAUGUGA